AUAACAAAUCAGCUGUCUACUUCGCUCUCUCGGAAAUUUUGUAAACGUUCUGGCGUAUUUUAUUUUAUUUAUUUUGCUUUCUGUGCAAUCUUUCGGUCCUAAAGCAAAAUUAGAAUCCUGUAAUGUUUUAAGGACGCCUGGCGGUUGAAAUUCGGUCGAUUUAAAGCACCAAACAGUACAAACACCGUCGCGGUCCACUGGCCAAAUGUGAUUCGCAUAUGCCUUAACCAAAAUAAACAUUUUCUACCGGGGUUAUAAUGCCAUUAGAUUGUUAAGUAUUCGCAGUCAUGAGUGGACCCCAGCAGCCAGGUGACUCGGGAGCAGCUCCCUCAAAAGCUGGCGGGGAUUCGGCCAACUGGCCGGGACGGAAUGCCACCGGCGGAGCACCGGGCCACUCGGGUUCCCAAGGUUCAAGUCCCAACAGCUGGCGACAGAACAACUCAAUGAAAUAUAAUUCGCGACCCUGGCAUCGAGGCCGUUCGGACAGUGGUCCUUUUAACCAUAAAGUGUGGUCUAAUUAUAAUCAAAGGCAUUCACCCUAUCCACGAUCAAACUACGGAAAUCGGGAACACUCUGAUAAGCAUAACUCAAAUCAGCACCGCCAGGAGAGAGAUAAAACUAAGAGAACUGAUUUUCAGGAGAGGAGCACCAGAUAUCCCGAUGAAAGCCAUUCCGGCAGAUACAGGAAUUAUCACUUCAGGGACCAUUACCAUAGAUAUCAGCCCAGGAGGAAUGAAAGUAGUUCCCAUAAAUCGUCUUUUAAUAAUGAAGAUAGCAGCUCUCAUCUAAGCGAAGCCUCAAGUGACAUUAUCAGCAAUAAAGAAACAACCUGUGAGACAAGUAAUGACGCUUCUACAACCGAACAAGUAGAGGAGAAUGAAACUGGAAACCAUCGGAAUCCAUCUGAAUCAAAAGAGCAAAGAAACAUUGCUUCGCCAAAUGAUAAUCACUCCACAGAAGUCAAUGGGUUAAAUAAAAGCACCGUUCAUACCAAGCCUAUCAGUGAAUCAAAAGAUACUAUCGCUGAACAGACUUCAUGGAAUACUCCUAGUAAGGAACAGAAAGAACAGAAUCAAAGCGAGGAAGAGGAGCCAACCGUCAGCCGAUGGCUGAGAGAAGAAUUAAAUCUGUCCAAGUCCAGUGAAAAAAACUCUGAAGCAGAGGCUAGUCAAUUAUAUCCACGUAUCCAAGUGCGACCUCUUACCCAACUAUUGAAGCAAGAGAUCUUGGCAGUCACCCAAGAGAAUCGUCUAUCCAAGAGACCUCUGCUAAGUCCGCCUCCAUCCGCUUACCCCGCCAGUCCCGGUCGACUGGCCUUUAAACCAACCCUCAGAAGCCGCCGGCGGACAGUGAGCAACUGUAACCAUGUGGCAGGAAGUCCCAGUACUAGUCAGGCCGCGGGAAAUGAAGCAAUCAUCAAUAAUCGCAUCGCUAGUAUGGACAAGGAGAGUCUUAAAUACAUAAUCAAUAAUAGCGACACUAUAUAUGACGAACACUUAAAACUCCAGGCCCGGAGACGUUUACGCGACGAAAUUCGUCGACAGCUCAAGAACAUCGAGUUGGAUCAGCCGAAGGAUAAUCCGGUAAAAGAACUGGUCGAGGACGAAAUUGUGGAUGCUAUUAAGUUGCCCGAGUUUUUGCUGCAGGAGAUCGAAAAGUGUUUUGGCAUAGACGUAUCAGAAGGUCAAAUAAUCCAAACUUCUGAAAAAGAUAAACAAGAUACAUCAAAGAGUAAAAACAAUGAAAAUAAAAACGAAAGUCCUGUAAAAGAAUGCGAUGACUCUGAAAAAGAAACUGUUACUAAUUCAGAGGUUAAUAGACCUGAGGUCUUACAAGAAACUGAAGAAGGGAGUAAAAAUAUAACAACGAACGGUAACAAAACUAAGCAGACUAUCGAAGAUAGCAAACUAUGCAUUGAAGUUAAGAACCGUAAAAACAAAGAGCAAGAUAGUAUAAGUGAAAAUGAAGAUAGCAGUGCACAAAAUAAAGAAUCUGUCGACCUUAGACCAAAUAGCAAAGAAAUUAGUGAAGAUGGUAUUGAUAAGUCUAUAAAAUCAACGAACAGCAAGAAUGAAGUCUUACAAGAAAAUAAUAAGAAAAAAAGUCCUAAAAAAUAUGUUAAAAAAAGGGGUAAAAGGCUAAAAGGCAAAGGUAAACAAAAUAUCAGAACAGAUAUCACCCAGUCCAGUCCCAAACGAGAAACCCAUACUGUAGUCGAAGAACCCUCCGACUCGAUGAAGCGGUCUACAGACCUAAUAACAAGACUAAAAGCAACUGAUAAGGUCAAAACAAAUGAAGGGUUACAACUUAAUAGGAAUCGUCCGCCCUUGCUGCCGACCCCAACAAGUGGAAGAAUUCUAACUACCUUAAAAUGCAAAAACUCUAAAUCAAGUCAAUCACAAACAACAAAAUCAAAAAACUUGGCUGGUAAAAGUUCUACAUCUGAGAUCAUGACACCCAUCAAAAUAGAAAGGGAAUCUAGCAGCUCACCAAUAACAGUAAAUCCUUUACCUACAAAGGAUAUUAUUGAGCUCUUAAGCUCAUCUGAUGAAGAAGAGGAAGAGCACAAUGUGGUGAAUAUGGAUUUAGAUGAACAUGAUGAAGAAAUUGUGACUAAUAGUAAAGAACAGGUUUCGGAAGCAUUACCAGAACCUGACCAGAAUAUGGAAGAUGUUGCUAGUGAUCAUUCUACCAGCUCCCAGUGUAGCAGUGAAUCUACGAAAAGGCGUCGAAGGCUCAAGCUUCAAACCGAUGCGGAAAACGUGGUGGACAGCUUCGAGAAGCUAAUCCUUCCUCAUCUUCGGGAAGCUCUUUCAGAUCGGUAUCGUCGCCAGCACUCUGGUAGCUUGCAGAGCCGUCUACACUUCAUCUCCUGUGUGGUGACAAGCUCAGAACACAAUUCGCAGAGCUUUAGCAAAAUUGAGGUGGCCAAAAUGCAGAUGAAUCUCAAAGCUGCCGACAAUCGCCAAUCUAUCGAAUUUCUCUUGAGGGAGAUCGUUAACGUGGUAAACCUGCAGAAACAGCGACGUCGGGACCAGGAAGAGGAGCAUAAGUUAACAAAUGAGUUGAGUCCCAAAACAACUGAAUCCCCACCUGAGAAAAACUCAAGGACUUCAUCAUUCCCGCCAGUGCGCCCGGUUUCCCCAGUUCUAGAAGGCCGCCAGAGCUCAAUAAACUCACCCCUUCCUCAGGGCUCUCCAGAAGUUUCCCCACGCAAGAUUACUCAAUCUUCUCCUGCACGCCAAAGUGCCCAACCCGUCAAUCCUAUCCCUUCUAUUGAAAUUCCUCAAACUGUGGUCAACCACCAGAUUCCCGAGCCUUUUCCGGUUGGUCUGCCGUUCUUGGCCCGUUUUUCGUCUGGUGGUUAUUCUCGUCCAGGUGGUGAAGCCGAUAUGGCCGAGUCUUUGGGCCCAUUAGGCGACAUGGUGGCCCAGAAUCUGGUUGACAUUGAUCGCCGCCUGCUGGAGAACCAAAACCGUCGCAGCAUUCUCGAGGAGAUGAUUAUGAAGUUUCAGAAGGAGAAAUCCGACCUGGAGAUGCUCAGUCUAGAACUGCAAAGUCGAAAGUUUCUAUUGAUUAACUCGAUGAUUUCCCGAGGCCAGGCUUCAUCUGCGCCAGUCGUGAACCCUAGAAGCUCACCACCUCCAGCGGCUUCUACUCAGGAAACAACUCAUGAGGAGAGUGCUGCCAAAGGGGGGAUAGCCAGGCGAACUAGGAGCAGAACCAGAUUAAGAAGAGCUGUGGUGGUAAAACUAAUGCCCAAACGUCAAGUGAGGGUUCAGAAACGUGUUCUUAAAAAACCCAAGUCGACCGAGCUAUUAGCUGAAUUGCAGCAAGAAAUUGCUGAUCAGGAGAAAUCUAAGGAAACGAACAAAGAGCAAACUAAAGAAAACGAAUCUGGGUCGAGCAUUCUAUCAAAUAUCAAGGAAGAGCAGUUCGAUGACUCAAUAUAUGACCAAGUAGCCGAUUCUGAGCCCACCGCCAAACUCACGCAAUCGCGUCCUAACAAACAGAAAGUUUGUGUAUCAGCCAAUCCGACUCAUCAACCACUAGCUAUAAUACCACCGCUACCACCUCCUCCACCGCCUCCUGAACCGAUCUGUCAAAUGGCCGACAAAAUUUCCCGCAAUUUCACUAAGGAACUAUUGCGCGAGCCUCAACGCUGGUCGGAACUUAACUCCCAAGAAAGGUGCAGCGUGGGCUUUAUACCCAUGGGAAAAUUGUACAAGGUUUUGAGUCCAAUCACCCAAAUAAAAAUCUACAAAGAGUAUGUCAUAGCGGCAGCAGAAGAUGGGGAUAUCUAUAUGUUCCACUUGAUCAGUCACAAACUGGAGCGUAAGAUCACCAAACACAGCGAAGCCAUUACGAAUAUGUUCCUCUGUGAGAAGGAGUCCAUUCUCUACACCACAUCGCUAGAUGGCUUUUUUAAAAAGUCUUCGCUGGAGAAUCUGGAGCGGGUUAUAGAAACGGUGUACUUCAAGGAGCCCCUGCAAUCAAUCGACAUCUCUUGGGGUUUGGCCUUUAUCGGCAGCCGAUGGGGACUUAUUUCCACUUUCAAUGUGGUGACCAACAAGGUGAUGGAUAAGCCUUUAGUUUCGACCGGCCAAUCCAUUAUUGCCAUUAAAGCCACCAAGGAAGGUGUACGAAAGAUCCUUGUUCUCGGAUGCAAAGGAAACUUUGUACAAAUGCAUGAUGCUGGCAAUGGCUUACUGCUGCGUCGCAUAUGCAUUCCAGAAGGGUUGAAUGUCUACAGUUUGCUUUUAAAUGAUGGUCACAUAUACUGUGGCACCCAGAAGAAUGAGAUCUAUCAGUUGGAGUUUGUCACUGGUAACUUGAUCAACAAGUUAAGCUGUGGCAAUGGCGCUGUAUCUAUAGUUACCUACAAAGAACGUUACUUGCUGACUGGCUGCUACGAUGGCUUCAUUUAUGUCCUGGACAAGGUGACAGGAACUCAAGUGGGUCGUUUUGAGGGCGCUGGCCGGUUGGUUUUGGCGUUGGCAGUAGCAGGCGACAAGAUCGUCACAUCUUCGAAAGAUAACUCGCUGGAAAUACUGGAAGUGCCCGCCGCCAUGGUAAAUGGCCAUUGAGACGCUUAUUAUUAUUUGUAUAGAUCAGUUUAAUUUAAUAAUUUUACACACACUUGUUUUUAUAAUACAAUUCAAUGAACUUAAUCUUUGAUCGCGUAA